GUCUUUGAGCCAAUUCGGUUCACAGUCAACUGGUUCCGCGAAGUACUCUCGUUUGUUCCUGACUACCGCUUGCAAGGAGAGACUGCGCCUUUUACAAUCUGCGAUGAAAGAAGUGAGUGAUAAGUCUGGGGUCAUGAGCGAUGUCGUUGACCAACUUUUGCAUUGGUCAUUGCCAGCCAUCCGGUCUGAGUUCGAAGACGGUGUGGCGUCGAGGAUCGAGAGAACACUACCGGUCAGCAGCCGUGCAGAUGUGUUUCGUCUCGGAGCAGGAGGGGAUGAUUCGACAGCGGAAGCUGAGGAUGAUGGCGAGCGUGAGGGUGAAGGGAGCAGUGGAGGCAAUGGCGGGUCAUUUUGUGGGUCGGAUGAUUCACUACCGCGUUCAGGGCACGGGUCACACCGUGGCCGCAGAUUGCGCGGGCUGCCACCAAGCCGUGGCAGGUCGCGUUCGCAUUUCGAACAUGUACGUCCUUUGUGCUGGGACGAUUCGAAGGAUGGUGCUCUGCGAACCGGACCUUGCAAUAAUCGGUCUGCACAUGUGUUGGAAUCGAUGGGGCACUGGGAAGGCUCGAAAGCGCCUGAUGUCGUCUUCGUGGAGCCGGUGAAGCUGCUGCAGUUGCUCGGGUCGUUUGAUUUGAGUUGCCCGCGCCACGGGGGUGGCUGUGCUGUGGAUGUGUCCUCUUUGGAGCACCUGGGUAUUGAAUGGCAGAAGGAUUGCCAUCAUAAGGUAAAAAACAUUCCCAAGGCACUUAGAAAAGUCGUGACACUGAAGGUGCCAAAGAAAUUGAACAACCCUCAUCAGUGCGUGUCGGAAUCUCAGUUUAUGCAGUUCACGAAGGAGCUGUUGGAUGCCUUGACGGACCGUCAUGGACCAGGGUCUUUGACGGUAAAAGAAGAACGAUUGAAGAAGAGCGACUUCGUUGCUUUUGUGAUGAGCAAAAUGUACCCGUACGGCACGAUGAAAAACAACAAAUCCUUGGUCGUGGAUGCAGAUGGUGUGAAUGAGUUCCAUAUGCAUGAGGUGGGGCAUUGGUUUCUUCGUGCUUCCCAGCUUUGCAAAGAUGAGGGCGGUGACUUUGUCACUCUGCACAAUGAUGUCAUGAUGAUCGCCGACCAUUGGGCCGGGGACCACUCCAGAGGCGAGGAUACCAUUGCCCGUGACGAGGACGACGUUGCUUCAAGUGCGGAUCCCGACGUUGUGGGGGAUGACGAUGUUCUCAUCACUGGGGACGGGGAUGGGUUGCCUGGACCGGCGGAUGCCGUGUCCGAUUGAUCAUGCGAUUCUCUAUUGGACACAGAUGAUGUCGAGUUGUUCGACGACUGACAUCAUGUUAUGUCGUAGUAUCUUGUACAUGGGACUUUUAUGU